GAUGAUUGGGCCGUAUGAUGGGCUAUUCCAUGAAUUAAUGUCCGUUGUGUUAUGUAGCACAAUGGGUCCUGAAUAAAAAGUCAAACUUUAACAACAGUUAAUUUUGGGAAAAGAAACAAAGGAAAAGGGUGACUCGUGAAGUGUGAAGAUCAAGAAGUAGAACGUGACCAUCUCAGGUUUGUUUGGUAGCACGAAUCACAAAGUGAAGAGUCAGUGAUCAAAAUGACGAAUGGUGAAGCUCCCCCACCUCUGCCUCCAACUGAUUUGCUCAUGAAACGCUGCAAGUUCAUUUGGCGCCUUCUGUUGCUUUCUAAUCUUGCGUUUGGAGCUUAUCUAUUUGCAAGAGCAAAACGAAGAGAUUCAAUGGUGAUUAAUAGAAGAACAGAAAAAAAAUCACAUAAGGGCAAAGAUAUUGUUGAAGUUCCUCCUGAACCCAUCACAAGUUCAAUUGAUUCAUAUUAUGAUGAUUUCUUUGUGCCUGUCACAACACCUGUGCAAAUACAGGCUCCUAUCCCUGAAGAACAACAACGUGAAAUUUUCAAGUGGAUGCUGGAAGAGAAAAGGAAAGUGAAACCUAAGAACCUUGAAGAGAAAAAACAAGUUGAUGAAGAAAAGGCCAUUCUUAAACAUUUCCUGCGUGCAAAGUCAAUACCAAAGUUUUAACAUCCACUCUUGUGGUCUAACAUAACCAUAUCACUGACAGAUUAAAUAGUUUCAACUUUCAACCCAACUGAUAGGCUUUGAAUUUGACAAGCUCAUCUCAUCUGAACUUCAUUUUUUGCUGGAUAGUAAUGGGUUAAUAGCAUCGCAUUUCCAGGAAUUUUAGAGAAACAGGCAUCCUGACAAACUUCACCUAAUGGAAGUUAGGUAUGCAUACCAGCUUAGCAAUUGGGUUAACUGUAGCAUUAGUCUCAUUUACAUGGAUCACAGGAUAUUAUGCAAGAAUAUUAUUGAGUUGGUGUGACAACAACAACUUUAAUUGAAAAGGAGAACCAUUAUGCCCCACUACUGGGUCUCCAAUUGUCAAUAAUUGUAUUCUUUCUCUUAACAUGUGAUAUAUGCAUUGGUUUUGUAUCUGUAUGAAUGAAUUACUAGCCAGCUACUACUCUAACGAGUAAAUUCUAUGCAAUGUGGGGAACACGGACACAUAUGCAAAAGAAGACAUAAGAGAUGAUAGUGAUAUGAGCAGCAGAAUCCUGCCAUACAUAUGGUUAUGUACUCCAUCUGUGUUGUUUGUGACAAAGUUGUCACAUGAAAACAGUAAAUCACUGAUGUCCUCCAAGUGGGCUGGGGUGCAGAACCGAAAUGUCGUUUUGAGACUACUUGCUUCAGGUUGUGUUUAUGGUCCCAAAUGUACUGGUGCUACUUGAGUUUAUACCCAUAUCCGUAGAUGAUGCACCUCCUGCAGUUAUCCCAAUACUCUUACUGCUGAAUGAGUGAUGUUCAAUUAUAUAUGACACAUUUUGCUUGCGGUCCAUAAACAACUGCAGUCCAUUAAAUCCAGAAAUAUGUUGUUGAAAAUAAAUAAACAUGUUUAUGGCUGGCAUGGCACUGUCUCCAUUGUAGCUCACGGUGGUAAGAAUUAAUCAGUGCCUUGGACAAUGUGCUGGCACUUGACUUGGUCCAGCAGCAACGUUCUAAUGAGUUAAUAAUCAUACUUCUCACGAGUUAAGCAUAAUUGGCCUUGUGGCGCUUGGACUUGGUCAAAAGUUGGUCAUGCACUAAGCAUGAGGGUUUUGCACUAAGAUGAAAUGAGGAUGACAUGUUGAAAUGUCAUGUGAAUAAGACAAUAACUAUCUAUGUUUAUGGGUAACGAUAAAAUCGUUUCCUUCUCUAUUCAGUAUUUGGAUUUGAUCCAAAUAGCUUAUGGUUUGUCAACAGUGCCCUAUAGCAGUACAACUGCCUUA